UUCAAUCAAAAAAAUGUGCGAAGGAAAAGGGGGAUGCCAAGUAAUCAUAAGAGAAGGACGACGCUAUAUUUACUGCAAAAAGAAUCGCAAGCACAAUCAAAGACAAGUUACAUUCACGGCUUUGGAAAAAAAUUCGGUCCAACUUCCCCUUCUCGGCGAAUUUUGGCUGAGUUAAAUAUUAAUCCAUUGGUUAAGGUUCGGGAUUUAACUUCUGAACAAAUUAGCCAAAUUAGCCAAAAAGCAAAAGAAUUCCCCACAGAGGGAGUGUUAAAAGAGCAAGUCCAAAAAAAUAUUAACGAACAAAUUAAUCUAGGCACUUACCAAGGAUUAAGACGUUCUCGGAAACCGAAUCCUUUGCCGGUUCAUGGUCAGCGCACUAGAAGCAAUUCCCGAACAGCUAAAGGGCAUGAACGAAGAACUGUGGCUAAUAAGAAAAAGGCUCCUACUCCGAAAUAA